AUGGCCAGCCCGCCCGUUGCCUUCAACCGCCUCAAGCAAAUCGCCAAUGAUGCUUGCCAAAACGCCAUUGGCUCGGCCGAAUACUAUGAUCAUUCCAAGACAGAGGAGUGGAACUCGACCAUCAUCAACUCUAUCCUAAAGGCCGUCAUCGCCGAGUCCACCACCGGCGGCGCCUCCCGCCUACAACUCAACAAGCCCAAGGGCACCGCCGCCCAGGAUGAGGAGCCCCAGGUGACGACGAGCGCGGAGGAGCCUAAGAGCACCGAUAACAAGCCCCAUGUCGGCAGGAGGGGUAUGCACAGCGCUACCGGUGCCUUCUGGGACGAGAAGAGGGACGGCAUGUGGAGCUUCAAGUACGACGGCGGCGAGGGCAAGGGCAUGGACGUCGUCGUCAUGCUCAUCUGGAUCGGCAUCUAA